CCUGAACAGAUGAAAUCCUCUGACAUCGACCAGGAGCUGUUCACUGAAAGCUACUGCAAGGUGUGCAGUGCUCAGCUCAUCUCCGAGUCCCAGCGCGUGGCCCAUUACGAGAGUCGGAAGCACGCCAGCAAGGUGCGGCUCUACUACAUGCUUCACCCCAUCGACGGAGGCUGCCCGGCCAAGAAGCUGCGCUCAGAAAACGGCAGUGAUGGUGACUCAGUGGAUAAGAACAAAUGCUGCACACUAUGUAACAUGUCCUUUACCUCAGCAGUGGUGGCUGAAUCGCAUUACCAGGGGAAAAUCCAUGCCAAAAGGUUAAAACUGUUGCUAGGUGAACAGCCAGCACUAAAGGCCACAGACAGCACCCUGAGCUCCCUAAAGCAGCCUCCCCCGGAGGGUGCCCCGGCGGUGCCCUCUGUGCAGCAGCGGAGGGACUCUGACCGCUACUGCCAGCUGUGUGCUGCCUGGUUCAACAACCCCCUGAUGGCUCAGCAGCACUAUGAUGGCAAGAAGCACAAGAAGAACGCGGCCAGGGCUGACCUCCUGGAGCAGCUGGGGAAGACCCUGGACCUGGGAGAGCUGCGAGGCCUGAAGCGCAGCUACAGCUGCAGCACCUGCGGCGUCAGCCUCAACUCCAUAGAGCAGUACCACGCGCACCUGAAGGGCUCCAAGCACCAGACCAACGGCUGUUUUGGGAACCGAUUGCUUGAGUGUGAGUCAGCGACCCCCUGGCCCCGGGCCCGUGCUCGGUCAUCCGACGGAAGCGGCUUUUCCAUGGAGGAGGAUUCCCAACAGUCCCAACAACAGUCCCGGCAGUUGCUGGGUUACCGGAGCCUCCACUCCCCGAUGAUGCUGCUCCCCGUGAGUGGGCGCUCGGCGGAGCCACAGUCCGGGAGGUGA